AUGGGAACGCCGUCGGACUCAUAGUGUAAACGAGCUGCGCAGUUGAUAAAGCAACAAGCGCGCUUACCGCUCAUCACAAAUAAUGCCGCAACAGGCCAAGGUCCUGCAGGACGGCAAGAGAAAGGAAUUGCUAGUGACCAAACGGGUGUUCGGGGACAUCGUCCUGUUGGAGACCAGCGACCGGGUGCUCGCUGACAUUAGAAUCCUGGAAUGUCAAGGUUUGUUUGAGUCAAGCUAGCUUCGAGAUUACCGACCUAACAAUCUUGAUCUACGCCUUUCUCGAGGGAGACGGUUCUCCAUAGACCCUACUGAUCACCAAGUGUUGUAACUUCGUGGGGGAUAAAGUGGGGGCUGCAUAUAAGACCCCGCUGGUCGUUCGACGGGACCCAGUAGUCUCUAGUCAUCAAUUCUACUGCGUUACCACGACUGGAUCAUCACACGAAGUGACGCCAUACUUUUCCCUUUUCUCAAUCAGCAUCAUCCUUCAUCAGGAUGAAAAAGAAGGUUCUUUGUCUCCUGAUCUGUCUCGGAGCUGCUAAUGCUCUGACAAGGAAACAAGAGGCCGCCGAACAAAAUCGCCGGAGAACCGCUCUGGCAACGAAAAAGCAGGAACCAGUAGAAGAGGAAUAUGACGACGAUGACGAGAUCUUGGAUCAAUGUCCAGAGCCUAACGGAUAUUUUCCGGAUGCGGAGCAAUGCGACAAAUAUUACGACUGUCGAGACCGCAAGAUAACGGAACGGCUGUGUCCCGACGGUCUUGUCUUUAAUGAUUUCAGUCCGCAGCACGAGAAGUGCGAUCUGCCUUUCGGUAUCGAUUGUACGAAGAGGCCAAAACUACAAAAACCGCAACCAUCGCCACAUUGUCCCCGCAUGCACGGCUACUUUGCUCACGAAGAUCCCAGGAAUUGCAACACCUUCUACUACUGCGUGGAGGGCAAAUUCAACAUGAUCACCUGUCCAGAGGGCCUGGUCUUCUCCGAAAAGACCGGCAUUUGCAAUUGGCCGGACGAGGCACAAAAGAAGGGUUGCGGUUCUCGCGAACUUUUCAACUUUACUUGCCCGGUAGUCGAUGACUCUGUGGCCGCGACGCACCCACGCUAUCCAGACACCGAAGACUGUCAAUAUUUCUACGUGUGCGUUAACGGUCAGGUGCCAAGACGUAGCGGAUGCAAGCUCGGCCAGGCAUUCGACGAACGCACCGGAAAAUGCGAUUGGGCUAGAAAAAUACCCGAAUGCAAAGACUGGUACAAAGGACAGCUGACUGAUGAAGAAUUGGAUGCUCUGGAGCAUCCAACACCGAAGCCUAAGACAACUGGUGGACCAAGUAGAAGAAAGCACAGGCCGACCGUAUAGAGUCGAAGUUUUAGAUAAGAUAUAAGUAUAGAUUUUUAAGUCCCUUUGCUUUUAAAAUACUCUUGUAUAAUAAAUUUAUCUUUACUA